AAUUAUAUGUUAUAGCUGCAGUAUCGGAUGGUGCAGCACCAAACAGAAAGUUCUAUCGAAUGCAUAGUAUGUUUGAUGACAAAUUAGAUUGUAAUGUUGUUCAUCGAUGCAUUAAUACUUAUGCCCCUGAACGGUACUUAUGGUUUUUUGCUGAUGCUCCCCAUCUCAUUAAAACAGCAAGGAACUGUUUAUAUCACUCAGGAGAUGGCAGGGGUACACGAAGUCUUUGGAAUGAUGGACAACAAUUGAUUUGGUACCAUAUCACAAGAAUAGUCAAUGAAGAAAUGAAAAAUGGGUUAAAAACUAUACCAAAGUUAACACAGGAUCAUAUUAAACUUAGUGCUUAUUCUGUUAUGAAUGUAAGACUUGCAGCCCAGGUUUUAAGUAGUAGUGUCAGUAACAUUUUAAAAAUUAUUACCCUGAUGAUACAAAUGGAACUGCAAAAUUUUUUGAAAUGUUAGAUAGUUUUUUUGAUUGCUUAAAUGUGCGAAACAGAAGUGAAGAGAUAAUGAAACGCAAACCAUUUUUAUUACCAU